UCUGGUGUCUUUGAGACUUCCUGUGUGAGCAAGUGUUGGAGUCCUUGAGGUUCUUCAGCGCGGACGCAGCCAUGGCCUACCAGCAGAAACUGGCCGAGAAGCUCCUGGUUCUGAAUGACCGCGGUCAGGGGGUUCUCAUCAGGAUGAACCACAUUAAGAAGGCUUGUGCGGAUCCUAAACGAAGGCCGUCGUUUCUCACUGAAAAAUCGAUGGAAAGUGCUGUGAAAUACAUCAACAGAAAAUUCCCCAACAUCGACUUCAGAGGCGGCAGCCAGCAGCUGAGCCUCAUUCAGAAACAGAAAUCUGCAGUUCUGGAAGUUCUGAGCAGCUUCUACGACUCCUUCGUUGACGUGAUGGAGUUCAGAGACCAUGUUUAUGAGUUACUCAACACGAUAGAUGCCUGCCAGUGUUACUUUAACAUUCUUGUGAAUUUUGACUUCACUAAGAACUACUUGGACCUCAUCACCACUUACGCCUCCGUCAUAUUAAUGCUCUCCCGCAUUGAUGAUAAAAAGGCUAUAGUCGGAAUGUAUAACUGCGCACACGAGUUCUCCAACGGAUGCAGUGACCCGUCGUACCCCCGACUCGGACAGAUGAUCGUUGAGUACGAACAUCCUUUAAAAAAGCUUACUGAAGAGUUUGGCCCUCACACCAAGGCGGUGACGGAGGCUCUGCUCUCGCUGCAGCUGGUUUAUCCUCGCAGGAACCUCCCAGCGGAGAAGUGGCGCAACGCUCAGCUCCUCAGCCUCCUCGGCACUCCAGCCAAUCUGCUCAGCCCCGCCUCUUGUGACACGAUGGCGUGUGAAUAUUUGCCGAUGGAUGUGAUGGAGCGCUGGAUCAUCUUGGGGUUCCUGCUGUGCCACAACAGUCUGAACACAAACACUGCGUCUCAGGAUCUGUGGAAAAUGGGUUUGCGCAGCGGCCUGUACGUCACACUGACCAGAGACGAGGUCAUUAAUGUACACAAACUCUCGGAGGAGCACUUCGACGGAAUGAAAGGGUACAGUAAACGUGUUGCUGACAUUAAAGAGUGUAAAGAACACACCAUCAUAAACUGUGGUGGAGUGCACAGAGAGAAACGCCACUUCCUGAGGAGCGCCCUAAAAGAGCUAACUAAAGUUUUAGAGGAUGAACCAGCUCUGCUCGGACCGAAGGCGUUGUAUGUGUUCAUGGCCUUGUCAUUCUCUCGUGAUGAAGUGCUCUGGCUGGUGCGUCACUCGGAGAACAUCCCCAAAACCAAAACCCCAGAAGAUUAUUCUGACCCGCACAUGGCGGAGCUUCUGUUCUACAUGGAGAGACUGAGAGCUCUGCUGAGUCGAUACAGCUACAUUCUUCAGCGCUACCACCUCCAGUACUUAUCUCAGUUUGAUGCUCUCAUACUCAAUGACACCAUACAGAGCAUCUACGUCUGUCCUGAAGAGGAAUCAGUGCUCAUGACCUCUUUCGUCUCAGCUCUGUCUGCACUGACACUCAAACAGCUGGACAGUGGCGAGGAGUUUGAUCUGAGGGCUCUCAGACUGGACUGGUUAAGAUUGCAGGCGUACACCUCUGUAGGUAAAGCCACUCUGGCUUUGAAGGAUUUUCCCGACCUUGCCAAGAUCAUGAACCUGAUUCAGUUCCACACCAAGAUGAUGGACAACAUGGACGAGCUUCUCCAGGAGACGGCUGAGCUCUCCAUUCUGUGUUUUUACCCGCGCGUGUUUGAGAAAAUGUUCUCUCAGAGCAGUGAAGAUUCCUCCAUGCAGCGUUAUCUGAUGGCCUUCCCGACGGUCUGCGCUCACUUCAGCCAGAGCACUCACCACAUGUGUCCAGAAGAGAUGGAGCUGAUGGAGAAACAGUCUCUGAAGCUGUGUGUGAAGUUUCUGGAGGAGAUCGCUCAGCACACCUGCUCAGUGGUUCUGGAGAUCUCAGCGGAGCAGAGUAACCUUCAUGAACAGUUGUUGCCGAAACAUUGUGCUGAAACCAUCAGCGCUGCCCGCAACAAAAAGAUGAAGAAGCCGGUUCCUAAAAAAGGAGAAGUGCCGAAAGAGAAACCCGGAACUGAGAGCCACAGGAAGGACCGAGUUGUGGUCACCAAUAUGGAUAAGAUGCAUCUGACGCUCACUGAGCUCUGCACUUCAUACAGUAUGUGCUCCGAUUUUACCGUCUUCAAACACAUCAUUGUUCCCUCUGAGUUCCUGAUCUCACAGCUAGAACAGCGACUCAGCAAGAUUUUCGUGCGAAUGGCUAAUUAUAACCCAAACACUCAGGACAUCUUGCGACCCUCAGAGCUCCUGUCUGGAGUCCAUGCCUACAUCACCAGCCUGAACACGCUCAGCCGCUACAUUAACGUGGACAUUCCCCGACUGGUGAGGAACGUCCUGCUGCAGCAGACCCAGCCACUGGACUCACAGGGAGUGCAGACCAUCACCACGCUCUACACCAACUGGUAUCUGGAGGGUUUGUUGCGUCAGGCAAGCAGCGGCCUCAUCGCUCACUGUCCCACCAUGCACUGUUUUAUCAAUCAGAGUGUGGAGAACGAGCAGAACUUUAAAGCAGAAGAAUUCUCAGAUAUCUGCGAGCUGCGAGCUCUGGCUGAGCUGAUCGGACCAUAUGGGCUCAAGUUUCUUGGUGAGAACCUGAUGUGGCACAUAACCUCUCAGGUUGGAGAGCUGAAGAAACUUGUCUUUGAGAAUAUGGAUGUUCUGGUGCAGAUGAAGGCUAAUUUUGAUAAACCUGAGAUGAUGAGCAGCCUUCAGAAGAGACUGACAGGCUGUGAGAACGUGCUGAAGAGAAUGACCAUCAUUGGGGUGAUCUUGUCUUUUCGGACGAUGACCCAGGAAGCUCUGGAAGAGGUCUUGCAGAAGCACUGCCCCUUCCUGAUGGGACCCAUUGAAUCCCUCAGGAACUACAUGGCAACUGACUCAGACAUCAAGGUUGCGAUCAGUGUUUAUGAGCUGGCGUCUGCGACUGGUUUGCGCUGUGAUAUUGAUCCUGCUCUGGUCUCAGCGAUUGCUAACCUGCGCACGGAUAAUUCAUCCACUGAGGAGGAAUAUAAGAUCUCCUGCCUGCUGCUGGUCUACAUCGCUGUGUCUCUGCCCACCUUAGCUGUGGAUCCCGCCACGUUCUACAGCCGAGAACACGGAGGUCACCAAAAUAACGUCCACUGUCUGGCCACUGCAAUAAACCAUCUAUCAGCUGCCAUGUUUACUGUACAGAACAAGAACAUCGAGCAGCAUCUCAAAGAGUUUCUGCAGGUGGCGUCAUCCACUCUGCUGCAGUUGGGGCAGAACGUGGAUAAAGUGGAAAUAAAGAACAGAGAUUCUGUUUAUCUUCUCCUGGACAUGAUUGUGGAGGAGUCGCCGUUUUUAAGUCAGGACAUUCUAGAGAGCUGUUUUCCAUACGUUCUGCUGCGUAACGCUUACAGGGAGGUGCACAGGACCUUCAUCCAAACCAUGGGUUAAAAUACUGACCUUUACAAUAACACAGUGUUCAUUUAUUUCUGCUGGAUAUUUAAUAAAUGCUUUACAAUCAGGUUUGAAUAUUUAUAUAAUGACUAACAAUCUGUAGUUUUAAAGCUAAUUAUUUGAGAGUUUUAUGUUUUAAUCAGUGAUGAUUCAGUCGGUACACACUGCUGAAUAAAGAGCUGAUUGUGUUAUUGAUCUUCAUUGGUGUGAUUUAAUAAUCUGAUAAGCAAUAAUGUCUCUCUGUACUCAUUUAUAUGUUUAUUUAACACUCUGAAUCUGUGCCAAGUGGAUCUGCUACACCUUCUGCUGUAGUUAGUUCAGCUCUGCCUUUACAGAGAGAAAUAAUUAAAAGAAUGCAGCACAUUAGUGAGUUUAUUUACUGAGAUUAUGUACUAUUUUUCGAGUGUAUGUAUUCAGAAUUAAACUACAUAACAGA